GCCCACAGCCCGGACGGCGCCCGGCGCGGCGAGCCACGGCCGGUCAGGUUUGAGCUUCUCGUCCUCGCCUCCCUCCCUCCCUUUGCGAGCGGGGCGAGCCGGGCGGGGGGCGCGGAGCUCCGGGCGGCCCCGCGGGGCGGCGGGGAGCAUCACGGCGGCGGGUGACGUGCGGUGAGGUCACGGCCGUGACGCUGAUGCGCGACCCGGGGGGCGGCGGGCGGUGCCGGGGGGUGAGCGGCGGUCCCACUGCUGCGACCCCCUGAACAAGGAAAGCGAGAAGCACGCGGACUUCCCAGUAAACAUAUAACAUGAAGGUCUUUCUGAAAUACCGACACCGUCAGCUUUCAGAAUCUCACCUAACGUGAUAAAUAUGGCUGAUCUUUCAGAGCCAGAAGGUACUGUAAACUGGAAGGAAAGAUGUUUAACUCUGGAGUCACAGCUAAUGAAAUUUCGUCUCCAAGCCAGUAAGAUCAGAGAACUGUUAGCAGAAAAGAUGCAGCAGCUUGAGAGACAAGUUAUAGAUGCUGACCGCCAAGCAGAGAGGGCUUUUCAGCAGGUGCAAGUUAUGGAAGAAAAACUAAAAGCAGCUAAUGUUCAAACGAGCGAAUCAGAAAACAGGUUGUAUAAGAGAUGUCAAGAUCUAGAGACCCUGAUUCAAGAUAAAAACGACAUAAUACAGAAAUUGGAGCAACAACUAGAAGAACAGAAGCAAAUAAGACUGCAAGAAGCAAAAAUCAUAGAAGAAAAAGCAGCUAAAAUAAAAGAAUGGGUGACAGUCAAGCUCCAUGAGUUAGAGGUGGAAAAUCAGAACCUUCGCUUGAUCAACCAAAAGCAAAUAAAAGAGAUGAGAACGGUACAAUCUAAACUGCAAGAAGCUACAGGCAAGAAAUCUGUUACUUCAACACAAAAACCUGGAGAAUGUCAGCGACUAAGCAGUUUGACUUUUGGAUGCUUUUCAAACAGAGCAAGAAGUCCUCAGCCAUCUCCUAAAUUUGAAGAAAUAAGCAAGUCUUCAUCAAAAGAAUUGGACUACGCUGAAAGCAAAAACACGCUAGAGAAGGAUAUCCUGGAAACUACCUCUGCUGGUUCUGCACAUGAGAGCAAUAAAGGUCAGAAGUCAUUGCAGCAAAGUUCCUCAGGAUCAGAGCAGAACAAGAAUGUGCGAACGAGCCGUUCAUCCAAAGAUGUAGACAGUGACAUGUCAAAAAACUCCUGCACUACUGGAAGCGACUGGAGCUCAGAUGAGGAUGGAGGAGAUAACAAAGGACUGAAAUCCAGGUGUGCAUCCACCCUCUCAAGCCACACAUCCGAAGAGAAUGCGAGGUACAGUAGAGUGGGGAGUGAAAUGUAUUUGACAGCCUCUGACGACAGUAGUUCUCUAUUUGAAGAAGAGAGUUUGGGUGUUCAGAGGACUCAGCACAAAAAAUUGUACUCCUGGCAGCAAGGGUCCCAAAGAAAAGGUCAGAACAAUACAGGUGGAAGGUGCAACUCCGACUUCACAAAUAUGAAGAAAGACCUAGACAGCUCUUCAGAUGAACUGAAUAAGAAAUUUCAGUCUCAGAGGCUAGAUUAUUCAUCCUCAUCCAGCGAGGCAAAUACCCCAAGUCCAAUUUUAACCCCUGCUCUUGCACACAAACACGCAAUCCGAGCAACUUCUGCAGACUCUCAAUGCACAACACCAUCAGAUUCUCCCUCAAAUUUGCCACCUCCAAAGUUACGAACUCCUAAUGUGUUUAGUAUAAAUUCAUCAUUGGCAAAAAAAUAUUUAAGCCAGCCUCAGCUGAGUUCUGAUAGAAUGUUUGGUAGAAAUAGAAAUGCUAUAAGCAUGAUACGGCCAUGGAGACCUCAGGAAACAGACAUUGAUCAAGUGGAUGGAGAAGACACAGCUAUUUUAGAGAAAAUGGAGAUUGGCUGUGAUGAAGGAGUGUUUACCUAUGACUGUACUGAAGCACAAGAUGCUGAAGCCCAGGAACCCUGUGAUAUGACAAAAAAGGUUGCUAGCAACAAACCUCCAACUCCACCAUUACAUCGAUUUCCUUCCUGGGAGAGCAGAAUUUAUGCUGUAGCCAAAUCUGGUUUAAGGAUGUCUGAAGCUUUCACCACAGAAUCUCUUAACAAAAGUGCUGCUUCACUAACUUCAUACUCCAUAUCUGGAUUAUAUACAUCUCUAAUAUAUAAGAACAUGACAACUCCUGUCUACACCACUUUGAAAGGGAAAGCAACUCAAAUAAGCAACAGCCCAUUUAUAGAUGAGUCAUCAGGAUCAGAGGAAGAAGAAAGCUCUCGGUCCAGCUCAAGGACUUCUGAGUCCGAUUCUCGAUGCAGAAGUGGACCAGGUAGUCCUCGGGCUAUGAAACGAGGUGUGUCUCUGUCUUCUGUGACCUCAGACAGCGACUACGCUAUUCCUCCUGAUGCAUAUUCAGUAGACACAGACUAUUCAGAGCCAGAGCAGAAACUUCCUAAAACCUCCUCCUCAUCCAGUGAUAAUGGAAAAAAUGAACCUUUGGAAAAAUCUGGCUAUCUGUUAAAAAUGAGUGGUAAGGUGAAGACUUGGAAACGACGGUGGUUUGUGCUCAAAGGAGGUGAAUUACUGUACUACAAAUCUCCAAGUGAUGUAAUUCGAAAGCCUCAAGGUCAAAUUGAGCUAAAUGCAUCUAGCCACAUUGAAAGGGGUGAUGGGAAACAAACAAUCCAGCUUACCACAGAAAAACGAACAUACUACCUGACUGCAGAUUCUCCAAACAUCUUAGAAGAAUGGAUCAAAGUACUACAGAAUGUUCUUAAAAUACAGGCUGCUAGUCCACUUUUUAUACAGCCUGAAAUCAAGCCAACCAUGAAAGGAUUACUUACAAAGGUGAAACAUGGAUACUCCAAAAGAGUUUGGUGUACCCUAGUUGGAAAAACUCUGUAUUACUUCCGUAAUCAAGAAGAUAAGUUUCCUCUUGGUCAAAUCAAGCUUUUUGAGGCUAAGGUUGAAGAAGUUGAUAGAUCUUGUGACUCUGAUGAAGAUUAUGAAGCUAGUGGUCGUAGUUUGUUAUCAACACAUUACACUGUUGUUAUCCACCCUAAAGAUCAAGGACCCACUUAUCUUCUUAUUGGAUCCAAACACGAGAAGGACACAUGGCUUUAUCAUCUGACAGUUGCAGCUGGAAGUACCAGUGUAAAUGUUGGGUCUGAGUUUGAACAACUUAUUUGCAAAUUAUUAAACGUGGAAGGUGAUACCACUUCUCAGAUUUGGAGACAUCCUACCCUUUGCCACAGCAAAGAAGGAAUUACUUGCCCUCUUACAACUCUGCCAUCAGAAGCCUUACAAACUGAAGCCAUUAAAUUAUUUAAGACCUGCCAGUUAUUUAUAAAUGCUGCAGUUGACUCUCCUGCCAUUGACUACCACGUAUCUUUGGCUCAAAGUGCUUUGCAAAUCUGCCUCACACAUCCUGAACUUCAAAAUGAGAUCUGUUGCCAGCUCAUUAAACAGACCAGACGUCGACAUCCACAAAACCAGACAGGACCAAUACAGGGCUUGCAGCUCUUGGCUCUCUGCAUUGGACUGUUUCUACCCCAGCACCCAUUCCUUUGGCUUCUUAAGCUUCAUUUAAAGAAGAAUGCAGAUUCCAGAACUGAAUUUGGGAAAUACGCAAUAUAUUGCCAGCGAUGUGUAGAACGUACCCAGCAGAAUGGAGACCGAGAAGCCAGGCCUUCCCGAAUGGAAAUCCUUUCAACUCUUCUAAGAAACCCUUACCACCAUUCACUACCCUUUAGUAUUCCAGUUCAUUUCAUGAAUGGCAUUUACCAGGUUGUUGGGUUUGAUGCCUCCACCACAGUGGAUGAAUUUCUGAACACCCUGAACCAGGAUACAGGAAUGAGGAAACCAGCUCAGUCAGGAUUUGCACUCUUCUCUGAUGAUCCCUCUGGCAAAGAUAUAGAGCACUGUCUACAAGGAAACAUCAAGAUCUGUGACAUUAUUUCAAAAUGGGAGCAAGCCUCCAAAGAGCAACAUCCUGGGAAAUGUGAAGGCACAAGGACUGUCCGCCUGACUUAUAAAAACAGGCUUUAUUUUUCAGUUCAAGUCCAUGGGGAGACAGACAGGGAAAAGCUGCUGCUAGUCUAUCAGACAAAUGAUCAAAUAGUCAAUGGGCUCUUCCCUGUAAACAAAGAACUAGCAAUGGAACUGUCCGCUCUUCUAGCUCAGGUAGAGAUUGGGGACUUUGAAAGGCCUUUCUCAACACCAGCAGGGCAGGUCACGUCCCAGUCCAAGUCCAAUCAAACAUUAAAACAAGUUUUGGAGAGAUUCUACCCUAAGAGAUACAGACUUGGUUGUUCCGAGGAACAGUUAAGACAGCUUUGUCAGCGAUUGUCUACACGAUGGAUGGCUCUCCGGGGGCACAGCGCUGCAGACUGCGUGCGCAUUUAUCUCACCGUAGCCAGAAAAUGGUCUUUCUUUGGUGCUAAAUUGUUUGCAGCAAAACCUCUAGCAACAUCCUCACUUGAGAAGUCCUUCAUAUGGUUUGCCGUACAUGAAGAUGGCAUAAGUAUCCUAGAUUACAGCACUAUGCUUCUGGGUUUCUUUUUUAAGCGAUUAACAGUGACAUAUACAUAUAAGAGUCUGAUGACUUUUGGAGGCUAUCAAGAUGAUUUUAUGUUGGUUGUUAAUGAUGCUCAGACAAAGGACAAAGCAACUGAAAAACUGCUUUUCGCCAUGACAAAACCCAAGAUUCUUGAGAUCACUCUACUGAUUGCCAGCUAUAUUAACAACUUUCAUCAGCAAAAAGGAGCUGCUCAUCACCUCUCUGCACCAGCAUUACUGACACCUCAAAGUGGACAGAAGCUCAAGGAAAUGGGAAGUCAGCCACUUCUCACCAACAACAGACCAACUAAAUGCCCAACUUUGUUAUGAAAGUGUUACACAGUGUUAUAAUACACCUCUGUUACGUGGUUUCUACACCAAUAGUAAACUUUCUGAUGUAAAGACAUGCCACAUAAGCAGGUCUAUAAGCAAAAGAAAGGCAGACAGGUUUACAUUUACUUCAGGGGUACGUAGCAAGAGAAACCCUCUAAUUAAAGCCCUGGCCUGAACUGGAAUGAUGAAGAUGAGCCGAGUUAAGAAUUCUGCUUACCUGGGGGUGGCUUGUCCCUAUUGAUGACAAAAAUCUGUCUGUCAAUAGUGUUAUGGAAAGGUGGCCUAGGGAACAAGUCUAUAUAUAUUUUAGUCAUUUUCCAGGUAUUUUCUCAGGGAACAAACUGUCUUCAACUCUUCAUCUACAUUAAAAAAAAAAAAAUUAUAGGAAUUGUAUAACCUUCACUUUGAAAAGGACUUUGUUUUAUUGAAAAAUGUCGAAUAGAAUAUUUUCCAUUUCCACUGCAUAUUUGCAGUACUAUCACCAUAGGACAAAAAAUAACAAACUGUUUAAUUUAUGUCAUUAUUUCUCCUUUAAAAACUUCUAAAAACAUCAGGUAACUAUUACAGAUUAGAAGAGUAAUCUCCCAGUAUGCUUUUAGCCUUUUUAUACAGCUAUUCUAUGUGGCAAAUCUUCAUCUUGACCUGAAAAAAUUCUAAAUAAUCCCUCUCAGCCCCAGCCUUUUGGAAAAAUCUAAAUUGGAAAGGCACUGUAUUUAGUAUAGUUUUGUUAUACAAGAUUGUCUACCUAAUUUCUUCUUUAAUGCAGAAAUAAAUAAUAUAAUCCAGAUGCAAGAACGACUCAACUCAAAACACAGGAAUAAUACAGAAAGACAGCUUGAAUUGUGCUUGGAGACAUACGUGACAUGUAAAGUGCCAUGUCUAUAAUGUAUAUACAUUGACUCAGAAUAAUAUUUUGUAAAAGGC